AUGACGCAAGUCGGCAGUUAAAAAGGACCAAAACUGCGGAAGUGCGAAACGGGCGAAAUGACCAGCAGUCGUUACCCAACCUGGCAACCCACGAGAGUCAGAGCGAAGGAGAGGCAGCUCGACUCCCCGCAGGGAUUCAUCAGGUUACACACACUGCUCUUCAGAUGGCUAACCAGCAGGAGUAAGUUGGAGAACGGUGCCGCAAACACCCCCAAGUCGUUCCGGCUGGCGUCUCCCUUCACCAAACGGCGACAGAAUGCAGCGAGAAUUCGAGAAUAUCGAUUCGUCCGGGAAAUGGCAGAACCUUUACAACGACAUCCGCAACCAAGCCAUCGAAUAUCCGUACAAAAUAGCUAAGCUUCCAAUGAACAGGAACUUGAAUCGCUACAGAGAUGUCAGCCCAUAUGAUCACAGUCGGGUGAAGCUUGAAAACUCGGAUAACGACUACAUUAACGCAAGUUUAGUCGCCGUGAAAGAAGCCGAGAGAGCUUACAUUCUGUCUCAGGGUCCUUUGAGGAAUACGUGUGGCCAUUUCUGGCUGAUGAUCUGGGAACAAGGUUCUAAGGCCGUCAUCAUGCUCAACAGAGUGAUAGAGAAAGGAUCUGAAAAGUGUGCGCAGUACUGGCCCACUGCAGGAGAGCUGCAGAUGUCAUUCACCGACACGGGGUUCGUGGUUCGACUGCUGUCAGAAGAGGACCAAUCCCAUUAUACAAUCAGGGUGCUAGAACUAGAGAACACAAAGACGGGGGAAUCCAGAGAGAUCUACCACUUCCACUACACCACGUGGCCUGACUUUGGGGUACCAGAAUCUCCUGCCUCUUUCCUCAACUUCCUCUUCAAGGUCCGGGAGUCGGGCUCCCUGGGCCCGGAGCACGGGCCCUCCGUGGUGCACUGCAGCGCAGGGAUCGGACGCUCUGGGACCUUUGCCUUGGUGGACACCUGCCUGGUCCUGAUGGACAGGAGUAAGAGCUCGUCUUCGGUGGACAUCCAGAAGGUGCUACUAGGUAUGAGGGAAUAUCGCAUGGGCCUGAUCCAGACCCCUGACCAACUGCGCUUCUCCUACAUGUCCAUCAUCGAGGGAGCCAAGCUCAUCCUGACCAACACCUCUGCAGAACAGAACUCAUUGGUGGACCUGUUCAGAGAUGACCUGGAGCCAGAUCUGAGACCCCCAACGCCUCCGCCCAGACCUCCAACGCCUCCGCCCAGACCUCCCCUCAACGACCACAGGCCGAAUGGCCCGUGCCUGGCUCCGCGGCCCGGCACAGAAGACCACAAUUCAACGGGAGAGUCACACAGCCACAGUGCGGCGGACAACUCUGUUCAGUUGAGGAAGCGGCACCGCGAGGAGAGGAUUGCUAGCACCGCACAGAUGGUCCAGCAGAUGAAACAAAAACUGACGGACUCGGAGAAGAAACAAGAGAAGUGGCAGUCCUGGAGGCCCAUCCUGCUCAACCUGGGUGCUGGGGCUGCCCUGGUUGUUGGUGUAUUGUUUUGGAUGUACUUCCAGUGAAAAACUUUGGUUCCCCUCAAGAAACUGACUCCUAUUUUGCACCAGUACCUUGGAUUAGGUACUUCUCUAAGUAGAUGUAGAUGGUAAUAUGUGGAUAACUGAGGGUAUUUAUUAAGGUCAAAAUGCAGGAGCACUAGAUCAAAUGAGUGUGUAUAUUUUUCUCAUAAGAUCUUAACAAAUUAGUAACAUCUCAGGAUCUUGGUGCCAGCACAGUGAUUUGUUUUCCUCUGUGUCACUGCUCAAGAAUGUACUGUGUCAUAGAAACCUGGUUUUGAAUGGAUCUUACUAAAGGUGCAGUACAUAGAAAAAAGAAAAGAAAAAAACAUCAGACAGGUUUAUUUUUGCAUUCUUUAUUUGUAAUGAUCAAAUGUGUGUUUUAUUAUCUUUGGAUACAUUUUUGCAUUUCAAAACCACAGUCAAUGACUGUCGAUCCUACCCUAAAGAUGGAGGAAGACCCAGAGCCAAGAGGUCAACUUUGGAUUGUUUUCCCCCUCUUAUGUAUGACAAAAUGCAUGUUUUACCAGGUUUUCUACAGCACCAUCUGUUCUUCCACUGUUAAUAAGCAGGGCAUCCAAAUAUCUUCUUUGUUUUUUUCUCUCCCUCGCUUCUAAGAUGCGUUUUUGGUUGUCAUGUAUAUGAGACAAAUUGCCAGGUUCCUUGCCAUUUACUGCAUGUAUUUGCCCACUGGUUGGGUCCAAGUUCUCCUGCUGUUGUUUUAGUUGUUGAGAAAACCAAAGCGAAGCUGUUUUCAGGAAAGUAACAGCUCACGGACGACGAAGCCUUGUACUCCCAGGAUGUGGAAUGUAUUUUUGUUUUUUUUUCUUCUUGAACCUUUGACAUAACUCACACCUGUGUUACUAAAUGAAACUACUCAUGGUACCCAUGAGGGAUUUUG